GCUUCUAUCUAACUAACUAACAAACUGAGUUCAGUUAAUUUGUUGUUGUAUGAAUGGUGUAGUCAAAUGCCUUUACUCUCUGCAAUCAACACUUCCACUCUCCCACUCACCUUCAAAUCCCACCCAUUUCGUAACCCCUCUUGUUUCCUCCAAACCCUGAACGCAAACCCUAACUCCGAUUCCGGUUCCGACGAUGAUUCCCGCAACAAUUCCGCCACUCUCACUCUCUCUUCCUCCCGUGCCCUCGCCUCCGCCCUUCGUAAAGUCUCCAUCUCACCCGUCGACUUCACUCAGCGGCUCGAGAAAGAUCGCAAAAACGGACCAGUUCAUCCUAGCCCUGACUUUCACAGACUCUGCCUCCAACAACUUCACCUAUUUCGUAGAAUCGUCCCUGAAUCCUUCCUCUCAGUGUAUGUUAGACCGGCGGGUAGUUAUGUGAUGGAUCAGUUGGAGUUGCGGAGGGUUGCACUGUACCCUGAAGAAGAUUCUGAAUCAGAGGAAGAAGGCAUUGUCAUUCUCGUUGGUCAUUUUCAUGCUCAGGCCGGCUUGCGAGCAGCGGAAACAGCUCUUUCCGAAUUGCAAGUUAAUGUUGUCCCUGAAUGUAAGGCUAUAGUUCUUCCCAUGGUUAAACACCCAUUUGUUGUUGGUUUCUUGGUUGCUGAGCUUCCACUUGUAGAGCUCGAAACUUGCGAGAAGAAGGCUCAGAGUGAUAGGUCAAAUAACCGUGUAUCUAGGAAGGAAGUUUAUUCACUUUCUCCUUUUUUGGAUUUGGACAAAAAGUCAUGGGAAACUCAGACCCCUCGGGUCAAGGAUGAGCCGGUUUGUAUGCGCAACUUCACUUCCGAUCAAAGAUCAAAUGCUGUUGAUAUUUCACAGUCUCUGGCUAUGGCAUAUGUUAUGGAUCAGAAAGCAAUGUUACUUCAGCAAUCAACAUGGCAAAAUAAUGUCAGGAUGAAUAAUUUGGUUGAGCAAAUCCAUGGUCCACUUUCAAGCAUUCAAUCCUUGAGUAAAAUCCUGUCUACACAAACAAAGAAAAGCCAGAUUUCACAUGACAUUGUUGAGGAUAUCUUGGUGCUAGGUGAUCGUUUGAGGGAUGUUCUCCAUCAACUUCAGGAUGCUGUAUACGUGACGAAGGCACAUGGCUAUAGUGCAUCUCAUCUACAAUUUUUGUCGAGUAUGCAGACUAAUAUUAUGCGCCACAAUGAAGAAGCAAUCAAGAAAAUGAAUCACAUGCUUGCUGAAUCAGAAAAAACUCAAUUGUUAGAUAGUUCUCCAGUGGACAGCUCUGCAAAUAAAAUGAAUAAAUCUGGUGAACCACCUUCUCUUAGUGCUGCUGCCAAGGAUAUUGAGAUGCCCUUACCACCUUUAGCUCUUUCUCCAUUACAACUUGGAAUCAGACCGUGCAAUGUUUCUGAAGUAUUGGUAGACAUGGUUGAUACAAUCAGACCUCUUGCUCUGAAUCAAAAACGUGUAAUAGAACUAAGUCAGCUUUCAUCACCUUUGCUAGCUGCUGUAGCAGAACCUGAAUUGCGCCAGGCUUUCAGCAACCUUAUUGAAGGUGCUUUACUGCGUACACAUGUUGGAGGAAAGGUUGCAAUUGUGUCUAAUGCUACACCGGCUGGCGAUACCCUCGUAUGUAUUGAUGAUGAUGGACCUGAUAUGCACUAUAUGACGCAGAUGCAUUCACUCACACCAUACGGACAAGAACUCUUGGCUGAAGGUAUGGUUGAAGACAAUAUGACAUGGAACUUUGUUGCUGGGCUGACUAUUGCCCGUGAGAUACUGGAGAGUUAUGGCUGUGUCGUGCGCAUUAUAUCACCUCGGACCAAAGAUGGUCCGCUUGGAGCUGGGGGAACUCGUGCAGAACUUUGGCUUCCUGCACCAGUUAUGAAAUCUAAUGUAUAGCAUGAGUUUGAGGUUACAUGGAAGAUAAAUUGACACUCUCAAACAGUUCCGCCUAACGGCACCCGAAAGUUGAGAAAGAAUAAGAUUGUAUGGUAAAUAUUAAUCAUGCAAAAGAUUCUGUAUAUAGUACUUAAAGUUUCCUUUUGUUGCAUAAUCAAUUUUAUGGUUAUGUUGAAAAUAUCAUGUAAUUUGUAAACAAUGUAUUACUUCAUAUAGAAAGGUGCGCGGUUUAAGAGAA